AUGGAGAUUAAGGAGAGUUUUGGUAAACUCUUACUGAUUGGCAGACAGCCUGGUCGGAUGUUUCACUAAUUCAACCAUUUCUUGGGAGAUUAAGAGGAAUUAGAAUCAAUCUCACCACCAGCCAACACAGUUGUUUAAAAUAGAACUGGGACUCCAGUAAAUUCUUCUUACGGAGGAUUCGCAGUAGGAAGCUAUAACUAUAGUUAUCUAUUACCAAAGUUUACUUAAUGCUCAAAUAUGCCUAUGACUUAUUCUGUAGCUUUCACUCCAACAAAUGCUUCUCUGUUUAUUACAUUUAACUCCACACUGCUUGGAUUAACAAUCUCUCCUUAUAAUACAACUUUUGUUGCAAGAUAAUCGUUCAAUAAAAACGUUACUAUUUAUGCAAGACAUAACUAUACCUGGGAUAUCAUUCUUGACAAUGACCCAGAAAAUGAUGAGGCUGAGUUCUUUGUUACAGCUCUUUCAGCCACUGGUACUGCUUUAAGUAUUUCAACUGCGUGGCUAAAGAUUCAAGCUAUGGACAACUAAGGAAUAACUUUUUCUGUGAUAGAUGCUCCUUAGCCCGUACUGCCUGCUACUUGGACAGUAUUCACAUUGAGAGUUACAGCUAAAGAUCCAUUUAACUAAGAUACACCAAAUGUAUAUGAUAUUUGGCUAAAUGUUACAAAGAAUGAUGCACCUGUUAUGACUCAAGAUCACAGCCUAAUUCUAAAUCCUAUCUACAUUACUAAAGCAUUUAGUUACACUUUUUGGUACUAGAACUAUACUGACAUAGAAGGAGAUUCAGUUAAAAUGACUUGUACUUUAUCAUCUACAGUUACUGAUUUCACCUGGGUAUCAUUCGAAGUAAAUAAGACAAUUAAAGGAAACGUUACUUUUUUCGGUUAGUCCCCUAGAGAUAACACUUAUGCAGGAAACUAUACGUUAUCUUGCCAGUUUAAUGAUUAGUACAAAGAUUUCAUCAACACCUUUGAUUAUGUCUAGCAAGUCCUACCUAAACAAUAAAUUUAAAUCCUUAAAAAUGAAACGAAAGCCUACAUCAGAUUACCUCAGAAUAUUACUUUUAAUUUCAUGGGUUACAGUGCUGACCCUUAAUAAGAACCAAACUAUUAUUAACUCUUCAUAAAUGACACUCUUUACGAUGCCAGUUUGUUUGAGAGAAAGUGGAUGGACUGGGAUAGUGUUUCAACUAAUUUGACAGCAGCCCCCUUUAACAACACUCAUGGUGGUAACCAUUCGAUAUCUAUAAAAUUUGAUGAUUUAAUAUCCGUGCCAAUGUUCAUGAAUUUCACACUUGAGAUUAUGUAUAAUUGGCCCUUGAUCGCUAUCUCAACCCUUAACAAUUUAAAUGUGAUUUCAAUGAAUUGGUUCUACUUCAAUUUCAAUGUCACCUAAAUAUUUAAGAAUCCUGAGGGAGAACCAUUUACAAUGUAUCUGAGACUUUCUUAAAGUGGCAAUAAUCUGCCGUAUUUUAUAACAAAAAAUUUUACAAAUGGAACAAUUGGAGGAUUUGCAACAGAUCCUGAUGUUGGAAAUUAUAAUAUGGAAUGUGUAGGAGUUGACGAUGCAUACUGGGAAACAUUUAUACCGUUUAUAAUGAUUGUUAAGCCUUGCUACUACAAGUGUAAAUUGUGCUGGGAUGCAGACUAUAACACUUGCAAAUCUUGCAAGCCAGGAUUCUUCUUUUAUAAUUCUGAAUGUUUAGAUGAGUGUAUCGAAGGUACAUAUCCAGAUCCACCGGCGCUAAAAUGUCAAAACUGUCCAAGUCUUUAUAAUGCUAAAAAUGCAAUAAGGGAAUUUUCUACUUAAAUGAUGGUUGCUAUAGAGAAUGGUGUAAUUCUGCUUGUACUCUUUGUUAUGGUCCGAGCUCUCUCCAGUGUUAUAAUUGUUCUGAACUAUUUAUCGAAAAUGAACUUGGAGUUACUACCAAACAAGGAUAUCUUUUAUCAGGAACAGAGUGCAGAAUACCUAAAUGUAUAAUUGGCUAGUACUUUUAGUGGAAUGAUGAACUUAAUAUUUACAAUAUUCAUUUAGGCUAGUGCCAAAACUGCCAUAAAACCUGCAAAAAAUGUACUGGUCCACACUGAAAUAAACACAUGCACUCCAUGUGAAGACAUCUACGGAUUAUUCACGAAUGAAGAGUAUGAGUGUGAAGAAAUUUGUGGAGAUGGAGUUAAAAUUAACAAGUAGUGUGACGACGGUAACUUGCUGCCUGGUGAUGGCUGCAGUUAACUUUGCCAACUAGAAUAUGGUUUCGAAUGUCUUUAUCCAAAUAAGACUUGUAGAGAAAAUAUACCUCCAUCGUUUAGUAUUUCGACAAUCACACCUACAAACUUAGUAUACAUUGAAUUUUCAGAGCCAGUUUAUGUUAAAAAUGAAAAAGGAAUAUCCUAAGAAAAUCUAUUAGUUGAAAUAGUCGGAUCAUUAGGGAGUUAUGUAUUUGACUGGAGAAUCAUUUAAGAUCCGAACAAUCCACUUCUACCUGACAGAAUAAUAAGAAGAUUUGAGUUGAAACUCUCUGAGAUGAAAUAAUCACUUGAAGGCACCGAGUUAGUGAAGAUUUCUUUUAUCGAUUACUCCUUAGUUUAAGAUGGUGCUAAUAAUUCAGUUACUUUGGAAUCCUUCUCGACUAUAAACCCGUAUCCAUUCAUUUUUCUUUCAGCAGAGUAAGCCUCAACUGCGUCUGGAGGAGGAACUUCUCUUAAAUACACAUUCUUAUCCGUUUUCAGUUUCAAUCUGGCUUUAAAAGUAGUGUUAAACAGCUCUAUGCAAUAUUUAUGGGGGUUAGUUCAUGCACUCCAGGUGUUCAACUUUCUGCUCUAUAUGAAUAUUAAUUUCCCAGAUAAUGUUGUUCUCUUUGCUAAAUAUAUGCAAGUAGCAUCUGGAAACAUUGAUGAACUUAAUCAGUACAUCCCAAAUUUCGCAGAUUACAUAAUAGAUGAGAAUAAAGUCGUAGAAAAAAAAGAUGACGAAAAACUUCAGUAGAGUUUUAAGGAUGAUGAGAUGUCACCAUACUUUAUUAUUUCAUUCGGUCAAAAACUAUCAAUAUGGGCAAUUGGACUUUUAGUAAUCCUACCAUUCGUAUUAGUGAUGAAUAGACUCUGUAAAAAGGUCAAACUUUGGGAAGAUAUGGCAGGAUCAUUCUUUUUUAAUGCCCCACUUAGAACUUUUAUAGAGAUGUAUAUUGAGCUAAUUCUUUAGGUGAUCAUAAACACUCAAUUCGUUAAAUUUACUAAUUUCAGUCAAAUGAUUGCUACUCUUUGUGCUUUCAUUUUUGGAUCUAUUUCAAUUUUACUUCCGUUUUUAGCAAUGUCAAUCAUUUACCACAAUAGGAGAUCUAUUAGAAAAAUGAAGUGGAAGAGAAAAUUCGGAAUGCUCACUGAAGAAGUAAGAUCGCAUUCAGUAUUAUAACUUUACUACUAUCCACUAUUUAUGUACUAGCGAUUGAUUAUAGCAGGAGUCAUUGUCUAUAUCUAUGAAUCACCGGUACUUUAGUGUCUGAUGAUAAUGCUAUGUAACGUAUCAAUGGCACUGUAUAUGAUAUUGAUAAGACCUUUCAAAGAGGAGAGUCAGUAGGCUACUACUGUUCUUGAUGAAUUUGUUAUAAUGACAUGUGUAGGUCUCUUUAUUUUGCUAAGCGAAAAGAAAAUGCUGCCAGAUGAGCAAAUAAAAUUAGGUUGGGGUAUCAUAGUGCUGAUUUUAUUCAGCGUUUGUAAGAAUUUUGGAGUUGUUAUAUACUUCGGUAUCAUCAAAACGAGAUAGAAGCUCAAAUAAAUGUUUUCUGCUGAGGACAAUCAAAAGGAUUCAGUCCACUCAAGUGAUGACAUGGACAAAAGCGAUGAAGAUGAUGACUUACAGGCAGAUCAAUUUGACACUAUGGAACUUGAGCAAGAAGUUCUUAAUGAAUAAUCAUAAAAGAAAAGUAAUUAAAAUGCAAACACCUCUGUUUUCAGUCAGUAUGAUAAUAACGCUAAAGCAAAGAGAUUAACAGAUAUGAACAAAUAAGCUACAAUUCUAUAAAAUAUUCCAGGAACUACUUAAUAAUAAUGA